AUGGCUACUCAUGGAGGUAUUCCCGAUGAGCUUCUCUGUAAGCUAUCUGAACACAUCGAGACAGGUGAUCAGAUGGAGGCAUUGGCACGAACGCUCGGAUUCGAAAAUGCAGCCAUCAAUAGAUACAUAGGAACUAGCAGUCUAGAAGGAGGUGUCACGUGUAAGGGAACACGUGACAUGCUGUUUGACUGGAGACAGACCAUUAUGCCAUCCAAUCAGCAUCAUAGGCUGAAGCAAGCUCUCACUAAUGCUAAUCUUGUCAUGCUUGCUGAAACUUAUCUUAAUGACACAUUAGCAGCCCAAGAUAUCUACAGUAAGAAGAUUUCGGAAUCUCUGACUGUUCGAAAAUGUCGCACAAUUUUGGAGGACAAAUAUUCAAACCAGCUAUGCAAAAUUCAAAUGAGACCAUGGGACAAAGACGAUUAUGCAGAGUUUAAAGAAAUGCACACCGUUGUAACCGUGGUAAAGAAGGACGCUAAAGGAAAAGAUAUUAAGGAGAAGGAAAUACUGCAAGGCUCUGUUGGAAAAAUAUUGUCAACAAAAGUAAACGAAAAGUUUAAAUCUCGAAUCCUUAUUUCGGCACCAGCUGGACGAGGAAAGACGACAGCUGUUGCUAAGAUGGCGUACGACUGGGUUCACAGAGAAAAGGGAUCCGGGUUAGAUGACUUGCCACUUCUGUUUGUUGUAAAGUUUCGAAAUACAUGUCGCGAUACAUCAAUCGGACAAGCCAUCAUAUCACAACUCCUGAGUGAUGUUAAAGAUCUGACGCCAGAGGGCCUGGAGGAGUUCAUCAGGCAGCAUCAGGGAAUCUGUCACAUUAUAUUAGAUGGGCUCGAUGAGUAUGCUGGUAUCUCUUCCUCAAGCAAUAUCAUGAAAAUUCUCCGCAGGGAAAUGUUUCCACAAUGUCGAGUUAUUGUAACAACACGACCUCACCUAGAAACCAUUUUCAGUCAAGGGGAUCUACCAAAGGUGUACACAAAGAUGGAGAUCGAAGGAUUCUCGCGAGAGAACGCACGCGAUUACAUCGACAGGUUCUUUACUUCUGUUCAGAAACCUAUGGAAGCGGAUGGUCUGAAAGAUUACCUAGAUAAACAACCCCUAAUUGAGGAACUAGUAAAAACUCCGCUAUUUUGCCUCAUGGUCUGUCACUUGUGUUCUGAGGAUCUACUUAACAGUGAGACUACAACUCAAACAUCAUUACUCGACCAAGUUAACGUAUUUUUAAUGCUCCACGCAAAUGCCCGGACACCUGGUUUGAUAAACACUCCCGAAGAACUAAAGAAUAUAAUAUUGAAACUGGGUGAAGUUGCUCUCACUGGUCUGCUAAAUGAUGCUAAGAAGUUAGUUUUCUCGUCUUGUGAUUUUCAGAGAGUUCCCUCUAUUCUUGAUAUGGCAUGCGCCCUAGGAAUAAUCUCAAAGACUGUUGUUUCAACCAGACGCCUUCCACAACUUGACGAAGCAUUUUCCACUACAAAAACUGCUAUUGAGUUUUAUCACAAACUUGCGCAAGAACAUGCAGCAGGAAAGUAUCUUGCUCAUGAAACAAACCGCUUUCUUUUGCGGUUUAAGGUCAGUAAGUUAGACCAAGUACUGCGAGGUAUAAAGGAAAACAUUGGUGAAUAUGAAAGUUUUAUUCGAUUUGCUUCUGGUACCAAUAGCAAUGUCUGCAUUAGGAUAAUGGAGAGCGUCCUUACAAACAGUUAUUUAUCUGAGAGUGAGCGUUAUCGUAUUCUCCUUGAUUGUUCAUCAGAGUCUGGAGUCAACGAUGGGAAUGUGUCAUCAUUGAUACGAAGGUGUGUGACGUCACAACGUAUGAUCUUAAAGUCACCAACAGUGUAUACUAUUGUUGGGAUGCAGAAUCUUCCACGUGAGCUGAAAGAGAAGGUUGUGAGUGUACAAUUCGAGCAGUCUUUCAUGACAGCCGCAGUGACAGAUGGACUAUGGGCCUGUCUUAAAUCAUUUCCGAUGCUAACUUCUCUCAUCAUCUCAGACUCAUCUAUAGAUUUCCCUCAAUCUCCUCCUGAGCUACAAUCCAUCACAAGCCUAUCAGUUAAGGGAGUGACGUCACAAUGCUAUAAAGGUCUGAUCUCGACGCUCCCUUGUUUGACAGACAUAGUAGAUAUCGAUACCACUAUCGAUGAUGCAGAGGGAGACAUUGCCUAUAUCUCGGCUAGUCUUCGUCGGAUUGGAGUACAAAAGCUCAAACGGAUAAUUCUUCGCAAUUCUCCGUCAUCAUUCCCGUCACAGAAGAGUCCUUUCUGGAGUGAGACAGAGGGAGGACUGAGGCUGCUCUUCGACAAAAAUGAUACGGACAUGAACAUGAUUAUAUUACACAACGCUAGACAUUCGAAAAUUGAAGUCCUCGACUUGUUUGCAUUUUUUGCAUCAUUGGCUCAAUUGAAACUUGAAUUUCUUGAUGGUUGGUCUUUCAAUUUCGAAACAACGUUUGGCGUUAAGAUGACCAAAUGUCAACUGUCUCCUGAGAUGACUACGAGAAUGUGGUCCUGUCUGGGUUCCUUCACCUCACUGAACCAUCUCACCAUCUUAAACUCAUGUCUCUGCUUCCCUCCAUCUCCUCCUGAGCUACCAUCUAUCAGAAGUCUAUCAGUUGAGGGAGUGACGUCACAGUGCUAUAAAGGUCUGAUCUCAACGCUCACAGGAUUGGUAGACAUAGUGUAUAUUGAUAUCACUAUCGAUGAUGCAGAGAGAGACAUAGCCUUUAUUACGGCCAGCCUUUGUCGGACUGGAGGACAGAAGCUCACACACAUUGACCUUAGCACUCCGCGCUCAUCACUCCCAUUAGAGAAGAGUCAUGUAUCAAGCGAGACAAUGAGAGGAUUGGGUGCAUUGAUCGUGGAACAUACCAAGAACCUAAAUACGUUCUAUCUGCGUCGGGUGAAGUGCAGAGACGAGGGUGACCUUGUUUUUCUCAUUGAGUGCUGCAGAUCUGUGAAGACGAUGGAGCGUGUAGAGUAG